ACCCUUGUCACUCGCCCUCGACAUUACUACUCGCCCGUACGGACCAGUCUCUCCGUCUUCGCUUCCGCCAUCGGCAGCCAGUCCAUUACCGCCCAACCCCACCAGAGACCACUCCUGUGACACUUGCCAACAAUGAGCAGCCCGCCUCUGUCGCCUCUGUUGGACCCAGUCACCGUCAGCGAGGAUCUUACCCCUCUGCCCACCUUCAAGUCCAUCGGCGUGGCGCACGUCGACUUCGAUGGCGCCCUAUCACAGCCGCUUCAGCUACUCGAGGAUGUGAGGUCGGGUUGUGGUGGACAGACAUGGCCAGCCGGCAUGCUUCUCGCCAAGCACAUGCUACGGUACCAUCGAGAUCGUCUCAAGAGUGCGCGAAUACUGGAACUCGGGGCGGGUGGCGGCCUUGUAGGGCUUGCCGUAGCGCUCGAGUGCGAACUUCAGAGCCCGAUGUUGGUGACGGAUCAAAAUGAAAUGCUCGAGUUAAUGCAGCACAACAUCAAGUUGAAUGGUCUCGAAGCCAAGGCCCAUGCCAUGGUACUGAAUUGGGGCGAGUCAUUGCCAACAGCCGUGUUGGAGCAGAAGCCCGAUGUCAUUCUGGCAGGAGAGUGCGUUUACUUUGAGCCGGCAUUCCCGCUGUUGAUGGCAACGCUCAAGACGCUACUGGAACUUAACCCGGCAGCGACUGUGUUCUUUUGUUUCAAGAAGAGGAGACGGGCAGACAUGCACUUUGUCAGGAUGGCUAAGAAGGCGUUUCUUGUGGAAGAAAUAUUCGAUGAGGACCGGCCGGUGUUCCAGCGCCAGGGCCUCUUCCUCUUCUCCUUCGCCAGCCGCACAGGUCAACAGAAGUCUGACGACAUAAAUGGUGCCACCCGAUUGGCGAUAAAUGGCGAAAGUAGAAUACAGAGUGUUUCGUCUUAACGCCAUCUUACCCCACCGUCUGAAUUACUACCUUGGAGAUGCACUACUCAUACAUCUGCACUUUCUCCCAACAACAUAAGUCCCGGCAGGCGCUGGAUGCUAGAUGAACCAACAGGA